GGUUUUCAGACAAGCUGUAGCCAUGCAGUCUGAGUCCAGAAACGAUAGACUGUCCUGAGGUUGCAGGCCUGUGUCGUCGAUGGCGUGUCUUGCCCAGCGGAUGCUUCCUCCUCCCCAGGCCCGUCCGUACAGGGUGUGCUCGCAGAACCGGCGCAGGAGGACAGGCUUCACGAGCACCUCUCUCGGAGACCUCCGGCAGCAGGUGGCCAGUUCCUUCGUGAUGGCGUGUCAGAUGCUCACACUGGUGCUGGAGGAUGAUGGGACAGUGGUCGACUCCGAGGCUUUUUUCCAGUCUCUGCCGGAUAACACUCCAUUCAUGGUCCUGGAGAAAGGGGAAGUCUGGACUCCUAGCAAACGGGUUAUGCCAAGUUUCCGACAACCGAGAAGAAGUGGGAUUGCCAAAUUGAGCUUUGACCUGUACAAGCUGAACCCAAAGGACUUUCUGGGCUGCCUGACUGUUAAAGCCACACUCUAUGACAUAUACUCACUCUCAUACGACGUCAAGUGUACCAGAGCCAAGUACUUUCUGAUGUCUUUACUGCGAUGUUUCAUGUACAUGGCCAAACUGACGGGUCAGGUUCUCCUGUGCGGAUCCUCGUAUGUGUUGCGGUUUCUUGGGGAAGAGGAAUGCUGUAGCUAAACGCCACAUCAGAUAGUGGGAAAAUAAUGAAUAGGCGACUGCACUUAUGUUUAGUUUUUGCUUACAUGCUUAGAAAAACAUCAGUAUUUUAUAUGGUUGGAAAAUAUCAUGUUUAACAUGGAAGAACUGCUUAUUGAGAGGGUGAUAACAUUAAAUGUGUGUGAAUCUGUACUGCGAAUAAAAAAAAUGAACUAUAAAGAACAGCUUAUUAUUGUCAUCUUUUAUCAGGCUUGCUGAAAAGUGAUCUCCAGUUGAACUUGUUUUGAGACUGCAUUUUAAAAGGACUUUA